CUUAGACACUCGCACGCUUCCAACCUUGAGAUGAAUCCACCAUGACACGCGUCAUCCAAGAUUCAGACGACGAAUUAGAUGAAGGAAAUCUUGAGGGAAAUGAUGGCGCAGCAAUUGCAGUUGGGAAUUCCCCCAACCAUCAAUCCAUUGAGACAGGCACUGCCUCAGUUGUCGAUAAUGGUACAGGCUCUACAGAAUCUCUAAAGAGAGCUCUAGCGACUGCUCACCGCACGCAUCUGCAAUCCCAAUCCGCACCUUCCGCACCAUGCCUGUCGCAAAAUCAGUCCAGUGGAGCAAUGUCGCUCUCGCCGAAUCAUCGCAGCAAAAGGAGGAAAACAAGCUUCGAUCUCACAACCAUAUCGUCGCCUGUAAAGACCCUGGAAUCAGUGAGGCCUAGUAAAACUUAUGGAAGGUCUCGGACAUGGCUGGAUGGCACCGUAAUGCAACCGAAUGCAGUUGCACCUGGUGGUCUUGACAUGGAAAAUAACGUUUGGGGACUUGGGGAGACAACACUUCAGGACUAUGCCCAGCAUGAACCAAUGAUCCUUUUCCCAGAUCAAUCAAGUACUAUCCCAAAUGCCACAGCCACCCAGGAACGACUAUUCGCAGAAGUCAUGGAUCCAGGCUUCCUGGGACUAACGCGUGAAACGUCGCCUUAUCAACCCCAAGGUUCUGUCCCUUGGUCAGAGCUUAUCCAAAGUCCUUUGGAGCAAAGCCAAGACCAAGCAGAUACGCAAAGGUCCGAUAACCAAAAUAUCCAGACUAAUCGGUCCAUUGAGGACGCUCGUGCUCCGGGUUCAUCAGCAAAAGAAUCAACUGGGAUAUCCCAUACACCAUCUGCUACUCCGCCUGCUCACCUGUCUCUGCUCAAGGACGAGACUACUGUCAAGGAGAGCCUACCAAAUAUGAUGUUCGAAGUCGACACCAAAAUGGGCGGCGGUGGUGCAAACGGGAGUAACGUUCCAAGUUUCACGCCGCCGUCUCCAAACCAUACAACAAUGGCCAGCAACGGGCGUGAUGGCGAGGAUCUUUCACAUGAAUUCGAAAAGAGUAGCGAUACAGGUCGAGAUAACAAAUCAACAACAAAGUUGAAGGACAAGAAGGCCGCCGCUGUGCAUUCUGACGAUGACUUUGAGCCUGUGGGGUUACCGAAAGAGCAGUACAAACCCCGUCCUUCACGAUCACGCUCCUCGAUGCAGACCUUGGACGAGACCAUAGAUUACUCCAUCAGGCCAGAAAAGGCAGGGAAGAGGGCUGCAAGGAGAAGUAAAACGACGGGUGGAAUCGAUGAGCCAGCUAUUCUGUCCACACCUCGAAAGGUUGAGAAGAUCUGCGAUAUGGGCUUCACGCCAUCUACGACAAAAAGAGCUCUAGCCAAGAAUGGUGGUGAUGUUACAUCAACUAUAGAUUGGUUGAUUGCUAAUGCAUCUGUCCAUGACCAUGAUGAGCUUGCACCUACAGAUGCAUUGAACACCAAGAGAAAGGCAGAGAAGGCCAACGUAAAAUCGAGAGUUAAUAGCAGCAACCACACGACCCAAUCCGAUGAGAACCGUAAGGACUUGUCCUCGAAGAAUUUGCAAGCGAACGACCAAAAUGGUAUAGGUGGGACGGCAGCCACCCUCAUAUCAGAGCAGAAGAAGAGCCCACGCAUGAACAGCAGUCCGAAAGUAAUCAUUCCUAGCCCCAAGCAAGCACGCCAUGCGAAUCAUAAUGGAGAACUUGGCCUGCAAGGAGACGAUGCCGCAUCAGUAUCGGCGCCAGCACCUGGAAAUAAAAAGAAAGGUCGAGGUCGUCCCAAAAAAGCAAAUCAACCUCCGCCUGCGGCUGCCAACAAUGAAGAGAGCAAGCAACACAUUGUAACGGAAGUAGCCCAGAGUAGCGAGCAAGCUUCUGAAAUGCCCACGCCGCCAAUCAAUAUCGGGGUAGAAACCGACAAAGCGAGCAGCUUGGAUAGGCGAACAGAAGUCGAUGCUGAGAAGCCAGCUGCCAUAUCGAAGCCCGAACCCAAGCCUGAUCCCAAGCCUGAUCCCAAGCCUGAUCACGAGGAGCAUACACCAACACCGGAGAAGCAGCUGACGAAGGCUGCACAGUCACCGAUGAAUAACAGCAAGGUGCCGUAUCGAGUCGGACUGAGUAAACGUGCACGGAUCGCACCACUACUGAAGAUAAUGAAGAAAUGAGUUUUAUGUAGCGGAGAGCUAGUGGAGGGAGUGACCCGCCUCCCGCGAGAAUCCACUGUUUAAUGAAUCAAGCGACGAGGCCUAAAUCCGUUAGUCUGUAUGGUUUAUACAGUUGACGAGGCUUCUUCUCCAUUGCGUAGACAAUAGAUUUGGACGAGAGAAGAGUAAGAAUAGAGAUACCCGUAAUUUCCACUAUACGUAUUUGCUUCAUUAUUGCCAGGUAAUGUAGUUCUCAGCAUAUGCUUUCCCAAGCAGUAUUAGGAACCGCCACCCGAUUACACUCUAGCAUUGCCAUUUGUUACU